CGUUGUGAGUCUCGCAAGCUCCACCUCCGUUCACGCUCAUAAAUUGUGUUUACAAACUUUCAUUUCGGCAGAAGUUUCUCUCAAACGCAGAAGUCAAGAUCCUUCAAAAUGAGAGGCUAUAUUUUCAUCACAGUCCUGGCGUUCACCUUCCUCCAAAGAUCCACAGCUUCUUUAGAGUUAAAAGGUCCAACUGAGCCGAUUCUGGAAGGACAAGAUGUGACAUUGGAGUGUCUGGAUACAGAAUCCGAGUUGAACAUGAGCCGAGUUCACUUUGAGAGGCUCUCCAAGUACCGGGGGGUGUGGUACCGUCUCGAGUCAGAUCAGGCGUAUUUCUACCGUCGGUGUUUUCUGUAUGACGUGGAUGUGAGAAGGGAGGAUGGCAGACUGCUCCUCUUCAUCCCCGGCAUCCAGUCCUGGUCCGAGGGUCCAUACCGCUGCGUCAGUGAGGACAGUUCUGCAGCAGACAACUCCUCCCAGCUCUUCACCAUCCCCUUACACUAUAUGCGGGAGGUGGCUGUGCACAGGGCUGGUUUGGGAUACUUAACACGUUAUUUCAACUCGGUGCAGGACCUCAAAGUACGCUUAGGAGAUGAUGUGGAGCUGGAAUGUUCUACUUCAGCUUCCGAGGCACCUGAGUACUUCUGGGCUAAAGAGGGAGAGGACUGGCUUUUGGCCUCCAAUAAGCUGAAGUUGGAGAAGGUGAGGGAACAGGAUGGGGGAAGAUUCACCUGUUCAGCUCAGUCUCCUACUGUGCGUUCCCUCGUGAAGAAACGAACAAUCAGCAUCACUGUUCUAAAAGAGGAUGCAGCAUGGUAUAAGACAACCACCGGUCACAUUUUUUUCACGGUAGCUGGAGCAGGAUUGAUUCUUCUGGUGGUUGUGAUAGCAAUGACCACUUACCUCUGCCGCCGAGCCAGACAGAGGAAGAACAAGGGACCCAUUGAUGACCGCUCCCAGAAGAAACCCAUCUACAGAGUCAGCGUGGAGUCCCUGCCCACCACCGCCUCUGACAAGCAGCCGCUGGUGUAAAGAGCCAGAGUGAUGAAGGACUGGAAAGGAGAGGAGAGAAAAGAAGAAGAGAAAAAAAGAUUAGGGAGUAUUGGGUAUUCACAGCAGAGGAGAGUUAAUGAGAGUUUUGCUCAUGGAUUUUGUUAUGCUCUUGGGUCUUCGUUCAGAUAUAUAAUUAGGAGACUGUCUAUGCGGGGAAUCGAAAAAGUAUACAAAGUGGGGACAAGUGAUGGUUUACUGUGUGUCCUUUCCAGUGUUGAUGGCAGCAGUGCUCUUCAACAAAAGGUGUGCAAUUUUCUCUGUAUUGAUUCAACAACCCUGCAAAAUUGAGUAAAGGCGAAAAUAUGUUUUUGUGAGGUGACAUUGAAUGCUUCUUUCUUCCCACCAGCCUUUGGUUGGCUUAUUUCUUCAAACUGAUUAACAUUUCUUUUUAGGAAGACUACCAUCUGCAAGCUGUACGAUCAUUUAGUCAGAUGUAGACAUUUUUUGGGGUAUUGCUUUACAUAAGUAUAUAAUCUUUUACUUCAUUUGAAAGAACAGUAGAUAAGAUCCAAACUAAAACCGAACCAAUUACUCUAGAAGCACUUUGAAACUGUAGCACUUUUUUUUACUUAAGUUUGAUUUUUCCGUAUCUUUGAAUUUAAAGCUAUUAAAAUAAUUUUACAACACAA